AGGAUGGACUCCAAGCGCCGGCUGCAGGGGCCCUUCUCGCUGCGCAUCACUAACGAGUCCGGCGAGACACUAGUGGCUUACCAGGUCAUCCCCGCAAACUGGGCGCCCAACAGCUACUACCGCUCCAACAUCCAGUACGAGGCUUUUGGCUCUGCUACUGGACAGGCUACUGGCUCUGCUGUUGGACUACUCAUUAGCUCUGCUACUCGACUGCACACGUUAAUUACCAGGAUCAUUGGCUUGAUCUGUUUGGUAUUGUUGUAUCAUUUGCAAGGGAUUGAGGUGCCUUAGUUUUAAUUAGCACUUGACAUGUUGGGUGUCC